AACGAGGGAGGGAGAGAGAGGCACUGAGUUGGUUGGAGGAAACGGCAGCCGAAGCACGAGGCAUCUGAUGGAGCUGAAGAGGACGACGUCUGAGCUUUGAGGACACCGACAGGGCGGGAUUUAUUUUUGUUGUUUUUGUCAUUGUUAUUAGUAUUUGUUUUGUUGUUUUUGAUGUAAAUGAGGAGCGACCGAGCUCCCACUGGGCACCAGGGAAAGUUGGAGUAACGCCGAUAGGCGGAGAAAGCACAAGCUCCACAAUUUUGCCGGCUCACAGCCACCGAGCACCGGACUGACUCCUCCGGUAACACCGGCAAAUCUCACCGGAGGAGGCGGUCCUUUACCGGAGGGAUCCUGAGAGAGAGACACACAGAGAGAGACAGACAGAGAGAGGGAGAGAGACACAGAGACAGACAGAAAGACACAGAGACAGGGAGACAGACAGGGAGAGGGAGAGAGACAGAAAGAGAUAGAGAGAGACAGAGAGACAGACAGGGAGAGACAGAGAGACACACAGAGAGAGACAGGGAGAGAGAGGGAGAGAGACACAGAGACAGAGAGACAGACAAAAAGACACAGAGACAGGGAGACAGACAGGGAGAGGGAGAGAGACAGAAAGAGAUAGAGAGAGACAGAGAGACAGACAGAGACACAGAGACACAGAGAGAGACAGACAAAGAGACUCAGGUGAACCAGGACCCGGAGCUUCUGUUCGUUCUCUAGGACUCGUCAUGAUCCUCAUUAAUACCAUCAUGUUGCUUUUUCUGUUGGAUGCGUGCGAGUGCGACUCCGAGCUGGAGUCCCUCGGCUGGAGGGAACCUCUGGACUGUGUUCGAGCCUCCGAACUGUGCAACCACAACAGCCAGUGUAGCUCGAGGUUCCGCAUCAUGCGGCAGUGCCUGUCUGGGGGGGGCAAGGAACGCAGCGCCAUGCUGGCCUCCAAGGAGUGCCGGGGGGCGCUGGAGGUGCUGCAGGACUCGCCGCUCUACGACUGCCGCUGCAAGAGAGGCAUGAAGAAGGAGGUGCAGUGUCUUCAGAACUAUUGGAGCAUCCACAUGGGUCUGAGCGAGGGAGAAGAGUUUUACGAGACGUCUCCCUACGAGCCGAUCCAUUUCUCGGAGGAAUUCCAGCAUGCCUCCAUCAUCUCAGAUUCUUCUUCAUCUAAGAGGAGUCCCUGCUCUGUGGCAGGGAAAUCCUGCAACCCAUGUCUGGACGCGGCGAAGGCCUGCAACCUAAACGAGACGUGUAAACGCCUUCGAUCCGCCUAUAACUCCAUCUGCAGCAAGGCCACGCCCCCUCAGCCCUCUGUGGCCAAUCCGGAGCCCUGCAGCCGGAAAAGAUGUCAGAAAGCCCUGCGUCAGUUCUUCGAGCGGGUCUCCUGGGAGCUGACCUACCCCCUGCUGUUCUGCUCCUGUCCUGACCAGGCCUGUGCCGAGCGCCGCCGCCGCACUAUUGUCCCAUCUUGCUCCCACCAGGAGAAGCACAAGCCCACCUGCAUGGACCUUCGUCACACCUGUCGCUCCGAUGCCCUCUGCAGAGCCCGGCUGGCUGACUUCCACAAGAACUGCCACACAACGUCUCAGAGCGUCACGGGCUGUCCUCACAAUAACUACCACGGCUGCCUGAUGUCCUACGUCGGCCUCAUCGGCUCUGACGUGACGCCCAACUACAACGACAGCAGUCCAUCGAACAUCACCAUGAGCCUGUGGUGCACCUGCAGGGGAACAGCCAAUCAGGAGCACCAGUGUGACGCCUUCCACCGGGACUUCACUCACAACACCUGCCUCAAAAACUCUAUCCAGUCGUUUGGCUACAGAGCAGAAGGAGGAACUCUUCUGGUGACGGAGCCGCCGUCCACCUUCUUCCCUGCUGCCCGGCCCCCAAUCGUCUCUAAGCCCGCCGCCUCUUUCCACGCUGAUGCCCUCAAACCCCUGGACAACGCCUGUGUGUUCUCCACCUGCGCUAAUCUGCAGGACGGAGGCUUGAAGUGCAUCUCCUCUGAAGACUUGGAGUGUGAGGAGGCACUUUUAGCUCGGGGCUCGAUCGACUCUCAAGACUCUGAAGGACCGAAGAGCAGCAGCCGGGGAUCAGCUACUCUCCUCCUCUGUGUGUGUGUGCCCAUCUUGAUUCUACUCAUGGUCUCAUAGACAUGAAGUCACACACUCUCAUAAAUGUCAAGACCCAGAGAACGUCACGUUACUCGAUGCCCUCCGAGAAAAUGCCAACCAGCAGAUGUCCAAACAUUAAUGACAAGCGUUGGAGGACGUUCGGAUUUUCCGUCUUUCUCUACCACACACAGAAGAAGAAACUGUGUUUUGUGUGAGAGACGUAACAAGCUAUGAAUCACUGCAUUCAGUGGUUAUGGAUCUGAAACAACUAAACUAAAAAAAUACAGGUACACACAGACACACAUAAAAACACUCACAUAGACAAACACACACUCGCCUUAUAUGUUAUUUUAUACCUUGUCAAAUUGUCAAUUUGUUAACUGAACAUGCCAUUUUCUUCCACUAUCUUGUCUUAUCUGAUCCCUGAAAAUGGGUGAAUCAGCUCAAUGUUAAGUUAUUGCUAAGUGUAGCGAUGUUAUAACAAAGGGGCUAUCAUGCCAGAAGAUAAAUAUUAAUAUAUAAACAUAUUACAGAGAAUAGUAAUUACCAAAAAUGUUAAGUAAAAGACCAUGGUCAAGGACGAAGUAGCUGCUUUCAUGUCAAAGACUCACUGGCUUGAUUCGGUCGGUGUUGGUACGCAGUGUUGGGGAGUAACGGAAUACAUAUACCGGCAUAUUUAGAAAGCAAAGUAUGUGUAACUCUAUUCCGUUACAGUCACAAUUUAAAUGAAUGGUAUUCAGAAUACAGUUACAUUGUUGAAAUCAAUGCAUUGACAUGACGGUACUGUUUCACGAGUUUAUUUACAAGUGAAAAGCACUGGUUUUUCUUUGACAUUAGAAAGGAUUGUCAAACUCCUUUCAGGUUCGGGGCAGAUACUGCCCACUUCGAACAAACCACUAGUACAAUCACAUGGAGGUGAGGCGCUGACAAUCCGACCGUACAGCUGACGCUGGCGGCGCGGCAGUCACCCAUCCGGCGGUUCGACCUAUGAGGUCUAAAUAAAUAAAGCCAACUUGAUACAUUUUGAAAACGAAUGAAAAUUCUUUUUGCGUGAUCAGUAGCUGCUAAUGAUUCAUGAGCCCCCUGAUUAGCCCAGUUUGACAUGCUAGCUAACGUCAGCUAAAAUUAGCUUGUGUUCGCUUAAACUGCGGUUAGAUUUUACAAUACUCAGUACAAUACUGUAAAAUACUCAAUACAAUACUCAGAUUAGUUAAUGUAUUGGAAUAAUUUACAGAUUACAUUUUUGAAAAAGUAUUCUUUAUUCUGCAACGAAAUACGUUUUGAAAGUUUGUACAAUGACCGGGGAGGGUGAAUUCACACCUACAGUGUCACACAGUCAGCUUUGGAAUCUCCGAGUUAUUUAAACUGCAGUAACAAUUACCGGUUUAUUAACAAACUUUUCGUUGAGACACUCGGUUUUGACACCAUUUGUCGACUCAGUUACAUAUACAAGAUCUGUCUCUAUGCAGAGUCAAAUUAACUCUACAUUACUCCAAUUUCACCAAGACCAAAAAAAUAACUCUUCUCAGUUUGCUGUGUACUGUGAACUCAUCUUUAGCUUCUCCCAGGCUGCCACAUCAAUGUUAACUUCUAGAUACCCAGACAUCCACACACAGGUGGAGAGGGUGAAUCCUGAAUGCACAAUUUAUGGACGCCAUUUAAUAUGAAACAUUUGGGGGGAAAAAACAAUUUAAACACACCAAAGGACUAAUCACACGACCAUGAAAUCAUCGUUGAUUUUAUCAAAAUGAUUAUACAAAUGUAUAUGUGUGUUAUGAAUCAGUCACACUCCUCACCUUGUGAUUAUGUCAUCAUGUCUGUGAAGAUGUAAACCAUCAAUGCUUGGAGACAUUUGAAAUGCAUUUAAAUUAUUUCUGAAUAUUUAGUUUAGUUUAAUUAUAUUAUCUUACAUCUCCAAUCACAUAAUUUCCCACACAGAACGGACUUUUGAACCCAUGACCUUCUUGCUGUGUGGUGACAUUGCUAACCACCACACCAAGGACACUUGAAGGACACAUAUCGGACACAUGUAUUACACAUGAAGAACACAUGUAGGACAGAAUGUCAAUGCUGACAUUGAGAGAUUAUAAGACAUGAGGAUACAUUGAUACAUUAGGGGAUAUAAUGAGACACAAUUAAAAAAUAAAUUAUAUGUUGUAUAUAAAAUAGAACAUAUAAGAUAUAUUAUAUAAUAUGGGACUCUUAAUCAGAGAAUAAUACACAUGUCAAUCAAUGCUAUUUGAAAUAAAGUGAUUCAUGAGGUAAGUUAACAUGAUAAUAUAUGUGUGUGUGUCU